GUCAUCGCUUUGUUAUCGGCAAACAGCUGACGAGGCGGCAGCAAAAUUUACAAACAAACUUCGGAAAUUGGCAAAGUUUAAAGAAAAUAUAAAAUGGACUACGAUUUUAAGAUGAAAACGCAGAUGGAGAGGACCAAGGUAGAGGACCUCUUCAACUACGAGGGCUGCAAGGUAGGACGCGGCACUUACGGCCACGUAUACAAGGCCAAGUGGAAGGAGACGAGCGAUGGAAAGGAGUAUGCGCUGAAGCAGAUCGACGGCACCGGGUUGUCCAUGUCCGCUUGUCGCGAGAUUGCCCUGCUGCGAGAACUCAAGCACCAGAAUGUAAUCACACUCAUCCGGGUUUUCCUCUCGCACAACGACCGUAAGGUGUUCCUGUUGAUCGAUUAUGCGGAGCACGACUUGUGGCACAUCAUUAAGUUCCAUCGAGCGGCAAAGGCUACCAAAAAGCAGGUGGUAGUGCCGCGCGGCAUGGUGAAGAGCCUUCUCUACCAGAUCCUUGACGGCAUCCACUAUCUGCACAGCAACUGGGUGCUGCAUCGUGAUCUGAAGCCUGCCAAUAUCCUGGUGAUGGGCGAUGGCAAUGAGCGCGGACGUGUUAAGAUCGCAGACAUGGGAUUUGCACGUCUCUUCAAUGCACCGCUGAAGCCGCUGGCAGAUUUGGAUCCCGUGGUGGUCACAUUUUGGUAUCGAGCCCCGGAGCUGCUGCUAGGCGCUCGCCACUACACCAAGGCUAUCGAUAUCUGGGCUAUUGGCUGCAUCUUUGCCGAGCUGCUCACCUCGGAGCCGAUAUUCCAUUGCCGGCAGGAGGACAUCAAGACGAGUAAUCCGUAUCAUCACGAUCAGUUGGACCGCAUCUUCAAUGUGAUGGGCUUUCCCCAGGAUAAGGAUUGGGAGGAUAUCAAGAAGAUGCCGGAGCACCACACGUUGACCAAGGACUUUAAGCGCACGACCUACUCCACCUGCUCGCUGGCCAAGUAUAUGGAGCGCCAUAAGAUUAAGCCCGACAGCAAGGCCUUCCACCUGCUGCAGAAGCUACUGCUGAUGGAUCCCAACAAGCGCAUCACCUCGGAACAGGCCAUGCAGGACCAGUACUUCCAGGAGGAGCCGCUGCCAACACAGGAUGUGUUCGCCGGCUGCCCCAUACCGUAUCCCAAGCGGGAGUUCCUUACAGACGAUGAUCAGGAGGAUAAGUCGGACAAUAAGCGUCAGCAGCAGCAACAGCAACAACAGCAGCAGCAGCAACAGCAACAGCAGCAGCAGCAACAACAGCAGCAGCAGCAAAUGAACUCCGAACCGAAUGCCAAGCGCGUUCGGUUGUCCGGUGCUGGCCAGCAGCAGGACUUCCACCACCAACAGCAACAGCAGCAGGCGCAGCAGCAACAGCAACAACAGCAGCAGCAACAACAACAACAGCAGCAGCAGCAACAACAGAUGAUGUUCAACCAGCAACAGAAUUUCCAGCAACGCUUCAACUGAGCAAGACUGAAUAAGGCAGCAUUUUUUUCCACCACUCCAAUAACCUUAGCCUUCUAAGUAUUUAAUGACUUCUUAGCGUGUAAAAAAAACAACAAGAAAAUACAAAAGGAAAGUAUGAAAACUA